AUGACCGCGGGCGGCCUGGGCCUGUACCUCGGGCACGCCGCGGCCUGGCGGCACAUCCUGAGCGCCGGCCUGGACUUCGGGCUCGUCUUCGAGGACGACCUGACGCUCUUCGCGCCCAGCCUUCCGAGACAACGUCUCCGCGGCCCUCGCCGGCACCGCCCAGCCGACCGGCCCGGGGGCGGCGCGCUGGGACCUGCUCUACCUGCAGAGGCCCAGGCCUCCGAAGCGGGGUCCGGUCGGAUGGGGCCGGAGGACCGAGCGCGUGUGGGCGGAGACCGCUCGCAGGGCGUCGCGGAGGCCCGUCGUCGUGCCGCUCGGCGGCAACGCCACCGUGCCCUGCACGGGCGCCUACCUGCUCUCGGCGGCGGGGGCCCGGAAGCUGCUGCGCGGCGCGCUGCCGGCGAGCUCCCAGCUGGACGACAGCUGGGGCACGUGCCCGGCCUGAGCCGUGCGGCCUUCACUCCGCCGCUGGCGCAGUGCCAGGAUCGGUCUUCAAGAGCAAGGUCGGGGGGCGGUACCGAGACACCGACGUGCAGACCAAGGGCGAUAACACCGACGAGCGGCUCAGCGACAUGGCCGCGCUGA